CUUCCACUUCUUCGACUAAAUCAUCAAAACCUUUCCCAGAGAAAAAACUUUUGUCUCCGUCUGCCAGGUCCAUCGCGUAGUUCGGGAGAUUUUUCUCAUCUCUUCACCGCAUCUCUCCAUCUCUUCUUCGCCAGGUCCAUAUGAUCAAGAUUACGAGAAUCUUAAAUUGGGAUCAGAAGUUUUUGUGGCUUCAAAAUUAGGUUGUGUCCACGCGUCACUUCUUCCCCACUAAUUCACCGAAAGCAACUUCCAAAUUUAGGCAGAAACUGAUUCACCAAUGAGUCUCUUCUUCGCCGUCGCCAAAGGAAAGUAUCAAAAACAUACCCAAAUUGAGAUAUCUAUAUCCCUCCCAUGUCCCUCGAUCUCUUCGGAAUAUCCAGGCGCCGCAAUUCGUUCUCAAUUGCACCAAUUCUAUUCAAAUCUUUCCAAGAUUGAAGUUGGUUUAAUUUGGUUAUACUCCGUAUUUGACAAGAAAAUUGGAAGAAGCAGAAGAUUUGAGUUUUUGACAUUGCCUAGAGUGGAGGAAGCUGGAGUUGCUGUAUAACAAUUAAAUGUGUAUGUGAGCAUCUUUCUCUUAUACUAUCCAUUUUAGCAUACAUAACACUCAAUGAUGGCAAUUUUAUUUAUGAGCAUUUUGUUGAAAACAUGCAGUGGUUUCAUAUUUCAGUUUUCAUGAGUAAUUUACUGAGUAGAUAAAAGAUUUUAGAAAUAUUUGUCGGUUGAACCAGAGGAAUCAUUGCCUAUCUGAAGAAGGUAAGCUUUUUAGUGUGAGAUUAGACUUUUGAGCAAUCGGGGGUGUCAUAAUCAGUCUCUCACCAUGAACCCAUAUCAUUUUCAGGAGUUAAUACAAAUUUCCAUUUACUGAAAAUUGAUAUUGUUUUUUAGUUUGAACAGGAGAAAGGAGACUAGAGGUUGGUGCCAUGGUUCUUGCUUAUAGAGGUAUUUUUUGUUAGGUAACACGAUCCAUGACCUUAGAUGACUCUCCAUCCAAGCAAAGCAGCAUAUCCCUAGAGUGUUUUUGGUAUAUGUGCAACUGUGCUAUCAUGUUUUGUUGCUGAUUAAGGUUUCUCUAUUCAUAUUUUUUCCUUUGUUCUAUACAUUCAUUCUUGAAGGCCUUAGUGCUUUUAAUUUAUUAUUUCCACAUGUGUGCUUAUUGCUAAUUAUUGUCCCGUAUAACCGUAUUGGACAUGCAAGGUUGUGGGUCAAUUGUAGGGUUUUGAAUCUGAAUUUUAGGAUAAAAUAUUUGAAUAAAUUUAGUUAUAAAAUAGAGAUCUUCAUUUUUGAAUAAUAUUCAUUAAUGAUUGAAUAUUCUUUUCUUUCUUCAUUUAUAACAAAACUUUUAGUAAAACAAAAUACGCCUAGACUAUUGUUUUAAAUGAUUUACUAUUUAAAUUAAAUAAAUUAAAAGUUUGUCAAAUGUAAUUACAAAUUUCCAUUCAGAAUUGUGAAUUACGGAGAGAAACAUUGAAUUUAUAAUUUUUUAAUUUAAUGUUUUGAAUCAUAGAGUCGCUAAUCCAAGAUUUAUUUGAAUAAUGCGGUAAAGUGGAAGCUUAUCCUUUAAUAUAAUAUUUGAGAGUUGAUAGCCUAAAAUUUUGACACGUGGCAACCUAGGACUCUUAUUUUGACGACACAUUGGAUGACACGCGUCUAAAUAUUGGAGAAGCUCUCCUUCGUCGAACAACUCCGAGCCGAAUUAGGGAUUCUUUCCCUACUUAUUCUUCUCCGACUUCUUCGCGCAGAAAGUAGUAAAUUUCUUGCAAAUCUUCAUGCUGAAAAGGAAACAAAUAUGAUUCCUCGCUACAUUGGGUCACGGAAGGAAAGAAAUCACAGGUACUCCGAUAGCAUGAGGAUUUUCUUCUUCGGUACACCAAUUUUUCCCUAAUUUUUACCCGAAAUUAGGGUUGAUUAAUACCAAUAUGCUUUCUUCAAUUGAUUGAAAAAAUUAAAAUCGUGAUUCAUACCUAAUUCAUAUUCAUAUACCCUAAUUAGAUUUGAGAAAUCAUAUACCUAAUUUAUAUUAUAUUAAUAGAUGUAUUCUUUCUACCUAUAAUUCUAUCUAUAUAUACAUUCUCCUCAAGAACAACCUAGAAUUCCCGUUUUCUGAGAUUCAUAUUCCUUUUUGUUUUUUCGUUCAAUCCUUGACAAUGACCAUCCAUCCACUGUCGAAGAUCACUCCAAGCAGUGAAUGUUGGAGGAUAAUGGUUCGUGUUGUACGAUUAUUGUAUACUUUACCCGCUUAUAAUGAUGGGAGGACUAUAAAUUCCAUUGAAAUGGUGUUCAUGGAUGAACAUAUUUAUAUGUUGGAUGCUUGCUGCUCCAUAAAUCAUGUUCGGAGAUGUGGAAAUAUUCUAAGAACCUGCUGGGAGGAGACAUACAACCGAGUGUAUCAUAUCUUUUCAAAGUUGAUGUUAGUCGUACACACCGCAUUGAGUUUGAUCCUUCCUAUAAUGUCAUUUGACAUUUGUUUUGAUGAGAGAACCAUCUCGCAAUUCAAGGAAAGGAACUCAACGUUUUUCUUGGCCUAGGUUUGAUUAAAUUAUUAAUGGAAUAUAAAUUUUCGAGACUCAUAUCUUUAUUAUGUAUGAUAAACACAUUGCUUUUGGGAUGCUAAUAAAGAUGUUGUUUUGGGAAUUCCUAUUAAUAGACAGAUGUGACUUUGGGACUUUCAACUGGGGAAAAAUACUCGCAGCACACCUUCUCAAUGGGCGAAGCAUCAUCACGUGUGAAGGUUAGGUCUCUAAAAAAAUGCACGAAUAAAAUAAACUAACACCUUAUAUUUGCUUAUUUUAACUCGUGCUUGGCAUUGCAUAUGGGUAAGUGACAGGAAUAGGUGUACACUAGCACCUUAUAUUUGCUUCUUUUAAUAAAAAGUUUAGAGAUGAAUGCUAUUGGUUUCAAGCAAGAGAAUAUAGGUGCUAGCAGUACUGUAUAGAAAGGAAAAAAGGGGAAGCAAAUAUGUCUUAUCCUUGAGGUUAGCAAGGCAAAUUUGAAACAAGAAGAGGAAAAGCUAUUGUAUCAAGCAGUACUAUUUAUUCUGUUUAGACUUAAUUCAAACUAUGUUCGCACCAUAGGUAUUGUUUGUUAAUGUGUCUUGCAUUAAAGGAUUGUUUUUUCUGUCAUGCGGAAUUUAAUUGAAGAUUUUGUGGAAUCAAAGGAUAAUCACUUUGAACGUCUCGGAGAUGAUAUCACAUGCUCUACUAUUGACAAAAGAAUGAAAGAAGUUGAACAUUGUGAUAGAGACGGUGAAGAACCAAGCAAGAAGAUGAAGACCGUUAAAAUAGAGAAAAAUUAAUACUAGAAUUAAUAUGUGACCUUGAGAGUAUUGUUAUUC